AUGAUCUUCGAUCGAUUGAGGCGUUUCUUCGGGUGGAGCUCAGCUCCGGAGCCCGUUCCAGCACAACCUCAAACCAAUACCUUUCAGCCACCAUUCGCUCCCGGAUUCCAUCCGUGGGGCUCCUUCUACGGGCAAAUGCCAUAUCCUGCGCAUCCGUCGACUCCUGGGAGUCUUCCUGGUCCCCAAAAUCAAUAUAUGCCGCCUCCCUCUUCGGCACCGGCUGUCUUCGCGUUUGGGACCUCAGCUGGUCAGCCGGGUAUUGCCCCUCAAAUAGUGCAUGGUGGAGCUGAUGGAUCCACCACUGCGGAACAAUCCAUCGGCGUUGGGGGAGGAUUCAGUACUGGAUAUCCGGCUCAAUAUCAUGCUCCCCCUUGGCCGAUGUAUCCACCCCCUCCAUUCAGCUACCCUCCCCAUCCGUUCCUGCCGCCAUAUCCUCCACAUCCGUUCCUGCCGCCGUAUCCUGCGUUCCCGUAUCCGGGCAUGUCUCCAUUUCCGAUGGCACCAGCUCUUACUCAAGCCUCCGCUCAAACGGGUGUUGCCGCCACUACAAGCUCGCGAAUCGAGACCCUCCCUGACAACGCUGCGAUCCCCUCCGUGCGCUUUCCAAAUGGCAACUUCAAGGUCGAUUUCCCGGUUAGAGAGAUGCCAGAGGAGUGGAGCGAUCAGGGAUGGGCUUGGAGGUCGUCGGGGAGCAGAAAAAACGAAGUGCCACACUAUGCGUACCAGUGCAAUAAACGGAGUUGUCUCGGUGUCCUAAUCUGUGUGUGUCGUGAUGGGAACGGAAAGCCCUCUCGCCCUAUUCGCCCGAAGAAAGACAACGCGUCUCGAGCCGCCCAUCAAAAUGAGCGAUGCAGGCACUGCAAGGCCAAUCUCAGUCUCAUGGAGUGCGACGCCACCUGGAUCACCUAUUAUUACGAAGAUGAUGACCAUGUUGAGCACGUUGUGGGACAACACUAUGGGGAUCACGAACAUCCGAGGCCUCCCACCACAAAACUCACUGCGGCUGAUGAACGCCAGCUCGAUACUCUUGUUCGCCACAAUCCUUCUCAAACAGCACAGCAACUUCGCGUCGCGGCAGAGCCCAACCAGACAUCAAUUGGAGAUAUCACCGCUGUCCUUCGAGAUCCUCGUAAAGCUCGUUUCGAGGUCGAGAAGAGCAGGGUUCGUAAUGGACUUGUGGUACCCGGGAAAGCCAGACAGAUUGGCUUUGAUCUACUGGACACUGUCUCUCAGUUCGAAGAGAUGUUUCCGACUUCGUUCAUCAUCAAAUCCGAGUUCAUCAACAGACAAUAUGUCGUCAUGCAGACACCUUUCAUGCGGGACGUCUUGCUGCGUGAUCAGAUCUAUUCCUGGACUGAAGAAACUCUGGAGAUUGAAACGGGGCGACACGGCAUUCCGACUGACGGAAGCCACGAUUUUUUCAAGCGGGGUGUUCUCAUUACCUCGCUGGUUUUCUCUGUGGUUCUCCUGCGCUGGGUCCCCAUCCUGUAUACAUGGAUCGGAAAAUUGGACGAGGAUCAUCAUCAACAACAUUUCUAUCAACUUCUUUCCUCAAUUGCCGAAGUUUGUGUGCAAGGAAUGGGUCGAGAGCUUAAUCCACAGCUCUUCAGCUCCGUACUCGAUUUUUCCAUUGCGCAACGGAAAGGGUUCCUCAGUGCCUUUGUCGAAGUCAUGUGUGCUCGUAUUCCAGCAUGGAACAGCUUGGGAGCUGCCGCUCGAGCCGCCGAGGAAAACAGGUUGCGAGAGGUGGGCGAAACACUACUGAAGGGCUGUUCAGUGCACUGGAAACGCUCACUUCACAAAAUUCGAGACGUUGUCGAUCAGCGCAAGUCAUUCCGCUUUGAGACUCUCAUCCGUGUCCUGGAGGGCGAGAACACCACCGUGGAGGAGCUCCAAAGCGCUGUGGACGAGCUAAAUGUUGAUUAUGCAGAACUCCGGCCAUGGUUCACCUGGUGGAUACAGCCUGGGAUCGGAAGCAUGAUAUUCCCAGCGCUGCGAAAAAUGCCUGCUGAGCUUCAUGCCCGGAUUCCAGACACCACCAAUCCGGCAGAAUCGUCGCACUGGCUUCUUUAUCGAGCCGCUGGGGUGAAGCAUGAUCUCAUGGAGGGAAUUCGUCGCCUCUAUGUCUUCCAACUUGACACGGAAAAGACCUAUGAUGCAGUGAAGGCUGGAUUUGUUAAUCCCAAAUUCGCUGGUACCCGACCCAAGCCAAAAACGCACACCCAAUGGCAUGAAAAUGACGGUCGUGCACCUGAUACAGUCACUCGUCUCAAAGCCAUCGCUGAAGCGGAUCAGAAGAAUGCAUCUGAAUCUGCUUCGCUCACCCUGGAUGAACGAAUCAAGGCUUUCGACCCCUCCAAGGCACCGAUUGUUGCUUCAAAAGCACCUGUGUCGAGGGUGUCAGACCUUGAACUGAUUUCGUACACGUGGGAUAAUAACUCCUGCUUUUUGGACUCCAGCCUGGAGGCCAUGUUCCGUGCCUUUGCCUUGUUGACACCGACUCGACGGGAUCAACUGUUGACUCUUAUUCGCACCGAUGCUCGCGAGACAACUCUCCGUGACAUUUUCGAACAUUUUUGGACACGUGGUGUUGGAUCUGGACUAUUUAGGACAAAGAAAAGCUCCGACGCAGCGAAGCGAGAGCUCACAGCUACGUGCUUCUUUGGACAAUCACGAGCAAAGUUGCUUCUCCAUCGACGGUGGGACGGAGGGAAUCUAGUGGAAGGUCAACAAGGGUGUGCUCGGACUUGGCUGAACCAGAUGAUUCGGAUGGAGACGUCUUUAACCGUCCAAAGUCACUUUGGAUUAUCGUUCCGAGUGAAUCUGACCUGCGCAUCUGGGCCGCAACAUGAUAUCUCUCAGUUUGUGCACCCGAUCUCGGAAUUCGGUCUCAAUUUCGAUGAUAUGGUGAUUGCACAAUCUUUCGUUGACCCAGAAUACGGUGCCCCAACGAUUUCGAACUAUCUUGCGCAUUUCAUCCCUCGCGAUCUGAGCAGGGGCUCCGCGCAUCCUCCCCUGCAUAAGAUGACCGCUGUGCCGUGUGGAGAGGAAACCGAAUGCACUGCUAUGGUUACCUCAAUUACCAUCGAAUUUCCGACACUCCUCCGUAUUGGCGCCACUCAACUCGAUCAGAUGAUGGACAAAAAUGGCCGGUGGACAUGGAAAGGUGUGGAAUGUGUUGCACCUCGAUUUUUGCACGAGUUCCAGAUUGGGGCUGUUGCCUAUAAAAUGGCCGCAAUGGUGAAAUACCAUCGACUUUCAAGGGAAGUCGGCCACUUUACAACUUUGGUGGUCAUGAACGAAGCGGUGUACAAUUAUGACGACACUGCCGAUGGCGGAAUCCUCCGCGAAUUCGGCAGACCUCCUGACAUAGAGCAGAUCGAUUCCAACACGGUCUACGCGCUCUAUGUCCGCACGACUGAUGAAUUCCGAUUUACACGGAGCUUGGAGGAUAUUGCACUUGACUUUUCUCGCAUUCCGUCCGAGAUCCCAGAUUAUAUUCGGGAUAGUCCAUCUCCUGCGACCAAACGAGCGGAUAUUCACAUUGCACGCACCAACACUGAUCCUCCACAACUCCAAACCUCGAUCACCCCUCACGUAUUCGAACCUAUGGACGAGGACGAGGAAUCGGUCAUAGAUCAACUCGAAGUUGAUGCGUUGGUUCACCGUCAGAGCUCGGAGCCGCUAGCAGAGUCGAGCGGAGAUAUCGAGAGGAUGAUUCUAGACACGCUGGAAUCCUCACCUGCGGAUGGAAGGGGCCAAGCACUUCCAUUUCCUGCUCCGAGUCCUCGACGACCAGUUCCUCCUCGCCUUCCCACAAUUACCACAUUGGAGACGCACGACUCCGCUCUGAAGGGCGACUCGGACUGGGAUUCUGACGAUCUUGAUGCUGGGCCUCGUCCCGAAGUCCCAAGCUCUCAAGGGAGCGAUAGCCUGAAUCACCUCCGAUGCGACGGCUGCGGUGAGGAGCUAGAGGAUGCAGACGACUCGGCGAAAGCAGAGGGAACCGACAUCGUUCAGUGCGGAGGAUCUUGCCGGACGUGGUCUCAUGUCGAGUGCCUCAAUAGUUCCAUUGACUGGACAGCUGAUCAAGUUCGUUUCUUGUGCAAGGAAUGUGAUGUUCCCCGUCCCGGCUCGAUUCUCGCGGUUGCAUUUCCUUCGAUCAACGAGCCUCUUGACGUGGCGAACAGAUAUUUCCCCGCAGUUCUAAUCCAACGGCACAUUGAUCGGCGGGGCCAGCGGGAAGAAUACGAAUUUUACUGGUCUCGCUACGUCGAUGGGAUCCCCGGUGCACCCGAUGCAAGCCAGACCUUCUACUUGCCGCGUCAAUCGGUUAUUUAUUACCAGAGGUUGCUUGGUAGCUUCCAUAUUCCUGAAAACAAGAUCGGACAAAUCCGCAUUCCUUUCUACCAUAAUCCCGCAUCCGAAGUCCACGAAGGUUCUGAAUUGUCCCGCAUCUUUUCUGGAGCUCUAGACGGUAUCGCGGAGGUGAUCCAUGAAUGGGACAUGGAUGUUCAUCCAGUGGUGAAAGCCUGGCAGGAAGUCAAGGAUGUCGCACGCAAGAAAAAGAAGAAGGCCGAUUCCCACUUAUGGAUCCGGGACACGCUGCGACUCAGAUUUACAGCGGAGUUGGACCAACUGGUUGGCGAUGCGCUGGCGGCACUUAUGCGUCACCCGACUCUCAGAGAUGUUGUCUAUACUCUGCGUCGUGACCGGAUCAACAGUGUGGGAUUCGUCCUGCUCCAUCUGCUUCACAUGCAGAGAGAAUUGGGCGAGCCGUUGGAUCUUGGAGGAUCUACGUUUGCUGACUUCAGCGCGGAUAUGAUCCAGUCAAGAUGGGGCGAAGUUGAUGAAGUGCAGGUUGUCCUGUUUGGCAUUAGGAAGAGCAGAGCAGAUCGCGCCUAUGGCACUGACAUCGCAGCGUUCAGGCGGUCACACUCCAUCUACAGUGCUGACAUGAUCGAUCCGUUCUAUUAUCGUGUGGCGGGUUCUGCUAAUUUGGAAGCCGAGAAUCCUGUCCAUCCAAUUCCUGUGGUGCUGCCUCCCGGAGACGCGACGGACGAAGAACAGGUCGGGGAACAGAAACCGAGGCCAAGACCGAAGCCCAGAGCUCGGAAUGCGGCUGCACGCGCGCAGGACAACGAGACCGACUUGGGCGCUGGCGCAGAACAAGCGCGGCCAGCAAAAAGGGCGAAGAGAAUGCGCCAGGUGACGACAACUGUGACAACAGUGACGAAGAAAAAAGGGAGGGCGGGGCGUGGUACCAAAAGGAACUAAUUCGUUAUUUUGUUCAUUGACGCGUAGAAUGGCUAUAUUAGUCUAUCGAUCUUAUUCUGAAGCCACUGACGGCGACGAGGAAGAUUAAUUAGCGUGGGAAGCCUUACAUCACC